AAUUCUAUCAUCACAUCAUCAAAUGUACAUGCUUUCACAUCUCAUUCUCAUCUCAACUCGUAACUUUCACAAUUCAAAUCAAAAUUCACAAUUUAAACAGUUGCAAUUGCAAACAGUGUUGACAAAAUUUCAGUAAGUGCUGCGACAAUAUCGUCAUGUCAUUUUGAAGACGUGGUACAAGACCUUGAGGAUGCAAGAAUUUCAUAAGCAAGAGCCACUCAGAAAAAUCUAUUCAAGAAUAACAACAUUUACUAAGAUUUGUCAGGAACACAUAAUUGUUACGAAACCCGUCUCGGAUAUUAAUGCGAAAAACCGUUUUCAUUCAGUAGCGAAUCUCGAGGUCGACGCUACAAAGUUUUGUGACCGCGCAAGAUUUAAUUUCGACUUGAAUUUUGACGGUGGAAAAAGCAGACCUCUACGUUUGCGAAAUAAGGAGACGUCCGAUUCUCUUCGUGUAAAGAACUUUUAUGAGUCGAGGUCACAAGAAGUCCUACUUGGCGACAUGAGGAAAUCCAGAGGUGGAAAGGCCCGUCUAUCACCUGCAAAGAAGCGAAAACUUAGCCCUCGUAAAUCUACUUUGCAACAUAGGCAAUCGUUAAAAAGACAGGAUUCUCCUUCUGAGCCUUCAUUUUCUUUGUCUUCUUCUUCUCAAUCUUCAAGAGUUACAAGAGGCGCAAACGACUCUGUCAUAAUUCUCUCACCAACUAAAGCCCAGCCUACCAACAAAAGUAAAUCAUCGCCUAGAGGAGGACCUGGUGUCAAUCCCACAAUGGCUAAUUCACAACAUUUGAAACGUAUACGGUUGCUAGAUUCGUCUUCAACGUCGACUCGUUCUUCGGGAAAUGAAACAAUCGACUUAGUAGAUGAUGACGAUGAAGAGGAUUAUCUGGAUUUAUUAAAUGAAGAAGAAGCGACAAUAAAACCAAAUGUACCUAAAAUUGAAGAUAAAGAAAUCAUUUUGCUAAGUGAUGAGGAUUCGAAAAGUGAGUUAAGUGAGCUCCCUGCACCAGUUAUGCCUGUUGGCAUUAUUACAGGAGGAAAUGAAGACUGUGAGAUUAUAGCUGUCAAAGUAGUAGGAACACAUGACAGUACAAGCAGGCGAAAAUCCUUAAGUAAUUCAGGCAAGUUUCCUGUAGGUCAGCGUAAAAGUCUGAACUUGAGCUAUAAAAAUGUAAAAUCUGCUGUAGACAAAGCAAAGAAAUGUAUUAGUUCUAAUUUGGCCAAAACAUCAGGAGCAAGUCAUGCAAUCAGGAAAAAUAAAAACAAACAAAAAAAGGGUAGCCAGGGGCCAAAAAUGCUUGGUCAUGGUAAUAGACGACCAUACCUUGAGUUUCAAACACCUGUAUCCAUGCAAAAAAGUAAACCACCUCAACGUCGACCCACAUCUCCAAUCUUUCUUUUAGAUAGAGAAUUGGGGCCUGCCAAUAGAGCUAAUCGUGCUACCAAUUUUCAAUCAGGAAGACCUAGUCACUUUCCGUCAACUUCUUCCGUCUGGAGAAGGGGUCCAACUAGUUCGAGAGGAAUGAGAGAAACUACACCAAAUCCAUUCUUUGGGCGUAUGCCAGUUCCUUUAUUGCCACCACAACAACCAUUGAUUCCAGUUGAGCCCAAUUUUAUAAGUGUUCCAAAAACGUCUCAAGAACUUCGUACUCCUGGUACGACUUUACGCCCCAUUAUAGUUGAUGGAUCGAAUGUCGCGAUGAGUCACAAAGGAAAGAAAACCUUUUCUUGCCGUGGGAUUCAAAUAUGUGUAGAGUUUUUCAAACGACGAGGCCACGAAGUCGUUGCGUUCGUUCCUCAAUAUCGCAGAAAGCAUUCAGAAUCUGAAGAUACUGAUAUUUUGGACGCAAUGGAAACAGAAGGCACAGUUAAAUUUACUCCUAGUCGUGAGGUUGGAGGAAAAAGAAUAGCAGCAUACGAUGACAGAUUUAUUGUUCAAUAUGCACACUUGAAGGAAGCGAUUAUCAUUAGUAAUGACAAUUUUAAGGAUAUUUAUGAAGAACAACCUGAGUGGAGGGAAACACUUAAAUUUAGAAUUUUACAGUUUACGUGGAUGGAUGAGCACUGCAUUAUGUUUCCCACGGAUCCAAUGGGCAGAGGUGGUCCUAAUUUAGAAACAUUUUUGAGGUUUUGACUGAGUUGAGUUGAGUCGAAUUGAAUUGUUUUGUUCAUGUGAUACUAAUACAUAUUUGGUAUAUGCGAUCAAUCAAUUCUCCAUUGAUCGUAAACUUUUUGUAAUACUACGUGAAUACUUAAUGAUAGGGGAUUGAAAAUAUAAAAUGGUGUAUCAUAAUUAUUUUUAUACCAUUCUGAGGGAAACUAUUCGACGCUGCGUACAAAUUUAUAUGCGAUUUAUAUAUGAUCUGCGAUAGGGGGCUCGUUUAUAGGGUGUACGUUAACUACGGCUAAUGAAUUAAAUAAAUAAUUAUUACUUAAUCUAUAUUUUUUCCUUGUACUCUAUUGUCAUUUGUCCCUCCGACCUUUGGAUUAUAUUGACGUUAUGUAAUGAAGUAAUAAUAAUAUGGAUUCCGAAAUGACGACAUUGUGUGACUAGGAUAUACUUAGAAAUCUAUUGAAAUGGUUAAUAAAUCGUUUCUGUAAAA